AUAACACACUGUGCGUGAAUUUCUAUUUAAAACUUUUGGUUUGUUGCUUCUUCGUACUGGGAGAGAGCUUUUCCUCUUCUUUGAUCUGUUUGUUCUCCUUUCUCUUCUGAGAUGCCUGGUGAUAAGCAUUGACAUUAAGUUUGGAUCCUGGGACGGUAAUAUGUUUUUCUUCACCGAUCUCUUGAGUUGACAAUGGCAACUCUUCGGAAUCUACAUUUACACAUUGCUCAACAGCAGGCGCGAUGUUUUUGGUUUGUAAAUAAACGUUGUAGAUUUAACCCUCCGUCACCACAAGCCAAAAAUGUCGCGCCUGCUGUUGAGAAAUGUGUAAGUGUAUAUUCCAAAGAGUUGCCAUUGUCAACUCAAGAGAUCGGUGAAGAAAAACAUAUUAUCGUCCCAGGAUCCAAACUUAAUGUCAAUGCUUAUCACCAGGCAUCUCAGAAGCGAAAGGAGAACAAACAGAUCAAAGAAGAGGAAAAGCUCUCUCCCAGUACGAAGAAGCAACAAACCAAAAGUUUUAAAUAGAAAUUCACGCACAGUGUGUUAUCAGUGUUUCACUUAGUUUAAGAUUGUGCUGCACUUCUGCAUUUUGAUUCUGGAAUUGACCAACGAAGACACUUUGGACCAACAACAAAGAAACUUUAGACCUUUGAUCUUCCUUUCACUUGCCCAUCAGCAUUUGUAAAACACUCAAUUUUAGUAUGGUCAUGGUUUUGGUAUACAAUACCAUGUCUAGGAAUUCUUUUUAAAUAACACAAAGUAUGUUCUAUACAUACCAAUGACAACAAUUGAAGACAUAUAUUUACACCUAGCAAAACUGACCUAGAUCCGAUAACCCGACCGAAUAACCCAGAAUCGAACCCGAAUUGACUAGAAAUUGAAGAACCAAAAUAAAAUUGAACAUCCAAAAUGAUCUGAACCAAACCCGAACUGAAUGUAUUCAGAUCUGAAUCCAAUUUAACCCAAACCGAUUAAACCCGAACCUGGUUAAACCCAGAACCGAUUAGACCCGAAACUGAUUAUACCGAAAAUUCAUCAAUUUUUCAUUUAUCAAAUGAACUUGGAGAAAAAGA